GACGAGCGCCAGAGGAAAAUUCAUUAAAAUAAGACGAUUUCGAUAGGUGUCUGCGAGAGUUGGCCAGAAAAACACACAGAAUACAAAAUCGUAGAAGACUGCAGGAACUACGAGUACUAAAAAGAGAAAGAGAGACUCGUCAAUGUGGAAUUUGGAAACGUUGCGGCAUUUUUCAGUAUAAUUUCGAACGUGGCCGUCGUCUGACAGACGCAGCUGAGGCGUGUACUUUUCUUUUCACUUUUGUUGUUGUAUUUUGUAAACAGAAAUACACUCGUACUCACCGGAAAAUAUCAUCGACAACAACAACAACAGCAUACAUAGUACUGCAACACGAGGAACACAAAUAUCUCUAAAGUGACGACAGAGCGGGGAAAAUAAACUACUAUAGAAAAAUAAUGUCAUAGGACAGUUGUGUGUUAACAGUUCCGUAACGUGUCGCGUAAGGAGAUAACAAAAUAUAGAAAAAUAGAAAUUUAAAUAUUAUAUGAAAAUAUGUCAAAGUACGAGUAAUUUAUAGAAAUAUAUACACAACUGAUUCUACAUGCCCAGGAACAUAUGCAAAAGCACUUUUGAUUCCGUCGAGUGCUGAGUGAACAAGUUAAAAAUACAAAGAACGCAUUGCUAAGUAAAAUCCAUAUGAGAAUUUUCCAUAAACCAACCAAAAGACCAAUGCGUCAAUUAAAUUGAAAACAAAAAGAAACAAAAAACGAGAAAAACGCGUAUAUUUCCAUUAAAUUCUAUUUAUGUAUAAAUAGUGUGGCAAGUGGUUUGGUUUGCUGUGCUGUGCUGUGCUGUGCUGUUUUGAUUUUAUUGCUGUUUGCUGUUUGUUGCUUGGUGUUCAGUAUUCGAUUUGAAUUGCUUUGAUUUCUCCGCAAUACACAACUAAAGAAAACAUCAACUGAAAUGCAGUAUUUACUUUGGUUUGGCGCGCUCGUCACUCUGCUGGCCACAGCUUACGCCAUCAGAUGCUAUUCAUGCGAGUCCGUCUACGAGGCGAGUUGCGGUGAGAAUUUUCGUAUUGAGAAUCAUUUCAAAUACGAUUGCGCCUUCAUAGCCCCGCCCCGUUUUCUGGAGAACGAGCUGUCCAACAAGAAUGCGACGGCAUGCCUCAAGCGUGUUUUCCGCGAAAAUGGCGUCAACAAAUUUGUGCGCGGCUGUUACUUUGGCGAGGUCAACGAGACGGAUAUUGGCUGCAAACUGGAUCCCACACUGACCGCAGUCCAAAACGCCAGUUGUCACGUGUGCAACAAUGAAAACUUUUGCAAUGCUGCAAUUCGAAUGGCGACGAGGGAGACAUGGAAGCUGCCUGCACUUGGAGUCCUCAUUGCGGCAGCGCUGCAGUUGGUGUAUGCACGCUGAUGUACAACAGGACGUAUGAUUAACGUGUUUAGUAUUAGGCAUUAGUUGUAGCUGGUGUUUGUAAUGAAAAUGGCCAUGGGCAAACACAAAUUGAUGUCAGCUAAUAAAAACUAUACCAUAUUAAUGUAGCACGAAAUUUGUUUAUUUACUUAUCCGCAAACACUGGACGCAGGCGCGAUGACAGAGGAAUGAACAAGGGCGCGACGAUGAUGACGACGACGAAGACGACGACGACGCCUCCGCACACACAAUGGACUGCGAUUUUUCACCCAUUUCAUGUUUCAUGUCAACGGACAUUUAUUUUUGGCUAUCAAAAUGCCGCUCAUUCCAUUUCAAUUUCGUACACUCUCGAGUGUAGACGCGCUCAGCCAAAUGAAAACCAAAUGUGUUAUAUGGAAAACAACAGACAACACGAACAACGAAACAACGAACUACAUACAAGCAACGAAAAACAAAAAAAAAACAAAA